CUGGCUCAAGGGUCACAGAGCAGAAUGCCGUUUUUUGAGUUGGCAGCCGCCUCGUUGCUGGUCGCAGGGGCCAAGCUGCGUGCUGAUGCAAACCUCAGCGAGCUCAGCGAGGCGCAGCAGGCCUGGAAGGUAGAGGCCUCCCAGUGCCCGCCCGAAACUUUGGGCGAGAGCUCGCAGCCAGAAACGGAAGCAGAAACAGAAGAAGAGGACGAUUGGGUGAUGCUUGAACCGGAGGCUGCAGAGGGCCUUCUUGACACUGAUGAAAGGUGG